CUUCAAACCCCACAACCUUCACGUUCAAAAUUCCAGUGCUCCCCACACCAAUCCCAUGAGCGAUGAUCAAAAGGAAACUCCACCACGACCGAGCAUCGCUAUCAUCCAAAGACACCGUACGCAGGAAGAAAACCGCCAAGAAAAGAGACAACAAAAACCGCAACGCGCCCGAACCCGAAACCUCCAAUCCCCGACACCCCCGCCUGAAGCUCUUCCUCGACUACGAGCAGAUCCGGUUCUUCCUCAACUCCCUGCUGCAAGCCUACCCCGAUAACUUGGAGCUGGAAAUUAUCGGAAACUCCAAAGCAGGUAGACCGAUCUUCCUGAUGCUCGUGGCGCGGCAGGUGAGCCUACCCCGCAAGUACGCCGUCUUCAUAGAGGGCGGCUCCAACGGCGAGGACGUCGUCUCCGUGGCUUCUGCUCUGUACAUCAUAAACUACCUCUGCGUGCACGCCAGCAGCAGCACCACGUUGCUCGUCAUGGACGUCUACGUCCUGCCGUUAGCCAACCCCGACGACUACGAGCUCACUUUGUACGGCAAGAAGAACUCCAUGAACUUGGCGAAGAGCUUCCCCUUCCGACUGGCCCACUACAACAUCAACGAUAUCGGUAUCGAAAACUACUUGGAGGUGAGCCACAAGUGGAAGGAGAACCUGGUGAUACAGAACUUCGAGAAGCUGGCGCUGAUCAAGGGCAUAGCGGACUACCAGAAGGACAUCAAGCUGUUCGUGUCGCUGCAGGAGGAGGGCGAGAUGAUCGUCUAUCCGUUCGGCUCGAAAUUGGAAACGUACGAUACCAGCACGUUGUCCUACGUGGCGAAAAUCGGGAAGCUGGGCAGCGAGAUAGACUUUGAUAUCGGCACCAUCUACCAGCAUUGCGGCGUCACCUGCGGCACCAUCGUGGAUUUCCUGCGAUUGUUCUCCAGUUUCUUGAAGUUUACGUAUAUCAUUCACGUGAAUGAUAAGCAGCACGGGCAGGUGUUCAGGAAAGUGCCGUUUAUAGCAGAAAAUGUGCUGUGCGUCAUCACGCUGAUGGCCAGGGAGAUUGAUAAUUACUACAAAACGCAGAGUUUCUAUCCGGAACACGCGCAAAACGAUUCUCUAAUAAGAAGGUAUUGAGUGAGGUUUGGAUGAUUCGGGUUCCGUGUUUGCUUCAAAAGCGAUUCGUCUGUAAAAAUAUGUAAAUAACGUACGAUUUUUUUAAGUUAAACAAUUACCACAAUCAUUAAGUAAGUUCAAAGAAAUGACAAGUUUUUCGUUAUAAGUGAA